GCGGCCCCGGCGGCGGAGCAUGGCGGGCGCGGGGGGCGCGGGAGGGGCGGCCCCGGUGCCGGUGCCCCCCUGGUACCACCGGGACCUGAGCCGGGCGGCGGCCGAGGAGCAGCUGGCUCGGGCCGGGCGGGACGGCAGCUUCCUGGUGCGGGACAGCGAAAGCGUGGCGGGGGCCUACGCGCUCUGCCUGCUGUUCCAGAAACACGUGCACACCUACCGCAUCCUGCCGGACGAGGAGGAUUUCCUGGCCGUGCAGACGUCCCAGGGGGUGCAGGUGCGGCGCUUCAAGACGCUCAGCGAGCUGAUUGCCCUGUACCUGCAGCCCAACCAGGGGCUCGUCUGCACCCUGCUCUUCCCUGUCGAGAGGGAGAAGGAGAAGGAGACCGUGGAGGACAGGGACUACUCAGAUGGAGAAGAUGAGAAGCCGCCGUUGCCGCCACGCUCCGGCUCCACCAGUUUCUCUGGCACCUCAGUGGGGCUCAGCCCCACUGGCCUGGGACCAUCUGUGCCAGAGGGGCCAGUGGAGAGCACCAAUGGGCUCAGCAGCAUCUCACACGAGUACCUGAAGGGCAGCUACAGCCUGGAUCUGGAGGCAGUGAAGGGAGGGGCCAACAGCCUCCCCCACCUCAACAAGACCCUUGUCACCUCCUGCAAACGACUGCACAGUGAGGUGGACAAGGUGCUGGCAGGGCUGGAGAUCCUCUCCAAGGUGUUUGACCAGCAGAGCUCCCCCAUGGUCUCCAAGAUUCUGCAACAGACAGCAGGGCAGAGUGGAGAGCAGGAGCUGGAGAACCUGGUGCUGAAACUCUCCGUGCUGAAAGAUUUCCUGUCCUCCAUCGAGAAGAAGGCAUUGAAGGCCCUGCAGGAGAUGAGCUCAGCCACCCCUGCCACCCCCCUUCAACCCCUCUCCCGCAAGGCCAAGAGCAUCCCAGUGCAGACCUUUGAGGUGAAGCUGGAUAUCACCCUGGGGGACCUGACCAAGAUUGGGAAGUCACAGAAGUACACGCUGAGCGUGGAUGUGGAGGGGGGCAAGCUAGUGGUACUGAAGAAGCAGAAGGACUCCCAGGAGGACUGGAACACCUUCACCCAUGACAAGAUCCGGCAGCUGAUCAAGUCACAGCGGGUGCAGAACAAACUGGGCAUCGUCUUUGAGAAGGAAAAGGAUAAAACGCAACGGAAAGACUUUGUUUUUGUCAGUGCUCGGAAGCGUGAGGCCUUCUGUCAGCUCCUGCAGCUGAUGAAGAACAAGCAUUCUCACCAGGACGAGCCUGACAUGAUCUCUGUCUUCAUUGGCACCUGGAACAUGGGCGGUGUUCCCCCCCCAAAAAACAUCACUUCGUGGAUCACCUCCAAGGGGCUGGGCAAGACCCUGGAUGAGGUGACAAUGGCCAUACCACACGACAUCUACGUCUUUGGCACCCAGGAGAAUUCUCUGGGAGACAAGGAGUGGGUGGAUUUUCUGCGCACUGUGCUCAAAGACUUCACAGAGGUUGAGUACCGCCCGGUGGCCAUGCAGUCCCUGUGGAACAUCAAGGUGGUGGUGCUGGUGAAGCCAGAGCACGAGAACCGCAUCAGCCACGUCAGCACCUCCAGCGUCAAGACAGGGAUCGCCAACACCCUGGGGAACAAGGGCGCUGUGGGUGUCUCCUUCAUGUUCAAUGGCACCUCCUUCGGCUUUGUCAAUUGCCACCUCACCUCUGGCAAUGAGAAGACAGCAAGGAGGAACCAGAACUACCUGGACAUCCUGCGCCUGCUCUCACUGGGGGAUAAGCAGCUGAGCUCCUUUGACAUCUCUCUUCGCUUCACCCACCUCUUCUGGUUCGGGGACCUCAAUUACCGCCUAGACAUGGACAUCCAGGAGAUCCUCAACUACAUCAGCCGCAAGGAGCUGGAGCCGCUGCUGAAGGUGGAUCAGCUCAAUCUGGAGAAGGAGAAGCACAAGGUGUUCCUGCGCUUCGGCGAGGAGGAGAUCACCUUCCCCCCAACCUACCGCUACGAGCGGGGCUCCCGGGACACCUACGUCUGGCACAAGCAGAAGCCCACAGGGGUGCGUACCAACGUGCCCUCCUGGUGCGACCGCAUCCUCUGGAAGUCCUACCCCGAGACUCACGUCAACUGCAACGCGUAUGGGUGCACAGAUGACAUCGUCACCAGUGACCACUCACCCGUCUUCGGCUCCUUUGAAGUGGGAGUGACGUCCCAGUUCGUUUCCAAAAAAGGGCUCUCUAAGUCCUCAGAGCAGGCGUACAUCGAGUUUGAGAGCAUAGAAGCCAUCGUGAAGACCUCCAGUCGCACCAAGUUUUUCAUCGAGUUCUAUUCUACCUGCCUGGAAGAGUUCAAGAAGAGCUUUGAGAACGACAGCCAGAGCAGUGACAACAUCAACUUCCUCAAGGUGCAGUGGUCAUCCCGGCAGCUGCCCACGCUGAAGCCCAUCCUCUCCGAGAUUGAGUACCUGCAGGACCAGCACCUUUUGCUCACCGUCAAAUCCCUCGAUGGCUACGAGUCCUACGGGGAGUGUGUCAUUGCCCUGAAGUCGAUGAUUGGCAGCACAGCGCAGCAGUUCCUCACCUACCUGUCCCACCGCGGUGAGGAGACCGGCAACAUCCGUGGCUCCAUGAAGGUCCGGGUGCCCACGGAGCGCCUGGGCACCCGUGAGAGGCUCUAUGAGUGGAUCAGCGUGGAUAAGGAUGAGACGACAGCCAGCAAAGGGAAGGUGCUGCUAGGUGCCAGGGCCACCCAGGACAAUGCCAAGUCUGUGGGGCGGAAGCCCACGGGUGCUGAGCCCCCCACCACCAUCCUGGCCAAGCUCCCAGAAGAGCCCGAGAAGAGCAGCACUGCAGCAGCACCACGCCCCCCUGCCACACACCGCAGCACCCCCAGGGACGAGGCCACCCCGGGCCGGUCCAAGGUGGAGGCAAUGCCAGAGCUGUCAGGGGGUCCCCUGAAGAACAGCUUCAACAACCCGGCAUACUACGUGCUGGAGGGGGUCCCCCACCAGCUGCUGGCACAAGGGGACCCCGGCAAGCCCCCCAAGGCCAAGGUGCAGCUGGCAGUGCCGGAGCGCUGCCAGUGCCCCUCGGCGUGCUGUGGCGAGAGCGAUGAGGAAGAGGACGUGGGCACCCUCAACCUGCCACCGCCGGAUUUUCCCCCGCCGCCGCUGCCACGGGAGCUGGAGCUGCCCCCAAACACCUUCUUUGGCACCCCCAAGGAGCUGCUGGUACCCAGCGGGUGUGAGGAGCCCAAAUCCCACCCUGCUGCCUUCGGAGAGGCUCCCCUGCCCAAGCUGCACCCCCGACGACCCCCGGCCGCCAGGGCUGGAUUUGGGAUGGAGGGGGCUGGUGGGACGCCUGUUCCUGGGGGGCUGCCCACUGCUGGGGGGCUGCUGGAUGACCGCUCCUGCUCGGUGCUGCAGAUGGCCAAGACGCUGAGCGAGGUGGACUACGGGGGUGGGAAGGGGAGGGUGGUCCCCCCACCACCGCUGCUGGCCAAGGGGCCAUUGGCUCCCCGCUCCCUGCACCCCGACUAUGGCCGCCCCCUUGCCUUCCCUCCCCACUCCAUCCAGGAGAGCAUCCAGGAGGACCUGGCUGAGGAGGUGGGUGAUACAGGAUGGGUGGGGGUCCUCAGCAGCUCGGUUGGGGCUCCCUUUGGGGUGCCCCACGGCGCUGAGGCUGUCGGGGCGCAGGCGCAGGGCCGUGCUGCGGGCGCCGUGCCCGGCGUGGGCGAGUGGCUGCGGGCGCUGGGGCUGGAGCGGUACGAGGAGGGGCUGGUGCGCAAUGGAUGGGAUGACCUGGAGUUCCUCAGUGACAUCACAGAGGAAGACCUGGAGGAGGCUGGAGUGCUGGAGCCUGGCCACAAGCGUGUCCUUCUGGAGAGCCUCCAGCUCCGCAAGUAGCUGCACAUCCAGCACCCCGUGCUUCCCAUGGCCCAGCAUCCCAGAUCCUGCAGCUGCACAUCCUGCACGCCAAAUCCUGCAGCCCUGCAUCUCAGACCUUGCAGCUGCGUGUCCUGUGGCCCAGCAUCCUGCAUCCCACAGAGGCACACCCCGGAUCCCACGUUCUGCACCCUGCUGCCACACAUCCUGGGCUGUGUGGCCCUGCAUCUUGCAGCUGAGCAUCCCAAAUCCUGUGGCCAUGCACCCCAGAUUCCCCAGAUCCUGCAGCUGAGGAUCCUCAUCCCAAAGUCCCACAUCCUGCAUCCGUUCAUCCCACAUCACCAGCAGCAAGUGGGAACCCCACAACCUCCACAGCCCGCCCCCCACCCUGGAUUCAGGGUAAUGGGGUGGGAAGGGGCAGUGGGGAGACAGGAGGUGGGUCCUGGUCAGAUAAUUUCACAUGAGGAUCCCUACGGGGAGCCCUCACAUUUAAGUUAUUUUUUUAUUUAUUGGGAGAAGGGAUGGGGGAAGAGGUGUUUGGGGGUAACCAUUGGGAUCCUGGCUGCCCCCAUGACCCCCUCACAGCUAGGAGGAGGAGGAGGCUCUGAGCAAAGCAUGUCUUGACCCAAGUGCCUUCAUGAUGCCUGGGAUGGGGUGGGAUGGGACAACACAGACAACACUAGGCACAGCUCAGGGUCCCCAUCCCCAGCUCUAAUGAUUCUGUCCCCACCCUGAUGGUCCCAUCCCCACCGUGAGGGUUCCUGUCCCCACCCCAGGGCACCUGUUCCCCUGAGGGUCCCAUCCCCACCCAGGGGGUGCCUGUCACCAUCACUGGGGGUCCCAUCCCCUUUCUGUAGGUCCCUGUCUCAGCUCCAGAGGAUCCUGUCCUCACCCUGAACUUCAUAUCUGCACACCAGGGGUUCUACCCCCGCUCUGAUGAUCCCCAUCCCUGCCCUGGGUGUGCUGUCACCACCCCUGGGGGUUCCUGUCCCCAUCUCCAGAGGUUCCAUCUCCACCCCAGGUGUCCCUGUCACCAUUCCUGGGGCUCCCAUCCCCAGCAUGGUGGUCCCUGUUCCCACCCUGGGAAUCCUGUCACAGCAGAACCAGAUGAGUGCCUUCCCCCAGAGCCCACCCCUCACCACCAGUGCCUCCGGGGCAUGUCCCCCACUCCCUCCCAGUUUGCCCAUUAGGUACUUGCUGGGUCUGUCUGCCCCACGGGGGUUUGUGCUGCCCUUGGGGACAGUGGGGCUGGCAGACGGGUCUCCUUGUGGGUGCUCAGCCCCAGCCUUGCCAAGUGUCCUUCCAGGAGGGUCCCCAGGGUGGGGGUCCCCAGGACAAGGGCCCUCCCACUGUGCCUUCCCCACUGGGAUGCUCCCUCCAUGCUGUCCUCAGGGGGGAUGCUGCCCCCAGACCCCAAACCCCCCCCAAAACCUCACUCCGGCCGAGAUGAAGGAUGGGCCAGGCGCCCCUGGCACCCCCCAGCAUCCCCCCUGUGUUACUGGGGUGUCUGGUGUGAACUUCCCCUCACUGAACCCCCAGCUCCCAUGUUUGGUAAAUCUGGAGUGAUUUUUAUCACGUUCAUGCAGUGGCUGUGGUGGAGCUCUCGGCGUGGUGAGGCAGGGAAGAGUCUGGGGAGGGGGCAAGAUGGGGAACCAGGGGAAGAACUGGGUCCCAGCAUAAUCUGUGACCCUCCAAGCUGGCUGUACUGGUCCCAGCAAGGCGGGGACCAGGUCCCUUGUCCCCUUCUUGCCCACCUUGGGUACCCCAGAGCAUUCCCCCAAUAGCCUGUCAUGCUCCUUGCCACCAUCCCAAUGCCCUCAAGGCCUUCUUCAUCAUCAGCCCCCUCCCCUAGAGGCCAGGGGGGCUGUGUGGGGCACCCCUCUCCUCACCAUGGGGUGUCCUUUCAGCUUCCUACAGCUGCUUGGGGUCUUUGAGUGGGGGGCACCCAAAAUAAUCCCUAAGGUGCUGGGGGUCUGUGGCAUUAUCUGGGGGGUUCUGGUGGGUCUCAAAGGGUCGGGGGUGGGGACUAUGCAGCCCCCCCACCCCUGCAACCCAUGGUGGGUGUGGGGUGCAACAAGGGCUGAGGGCCAGCAGCAGUGUCAAUAAAUUAAGUUUAAUUUGGA